AUGAACGGGGUUACAAAAGCAGCACUUAUCUUUGAUGAGGGCCCGCCCGGCCUGAUCGAUUUGGCCUCGAGCCUGAUCGAGCGGUUUCGAGACGCUGCGGUCCGACACUCGCGACACGACAGAUGUGGCUUCAAUGGGAGGGUGCGAGCUGCGGAUGCCGAUCGACAACGGAUGCAGAUGGAAGACCCAAGGCCGAAGGAUGCGACACAAGCCUCGGACCGCAGCGUUUUCGCGCCGUUCGAACGGCUCCGAGCCGCCUCGAUUGGGGCCGGGAAU